CACACACAAACACAAACAAACACACACUCUCACACACUCACUCACUCGCCUCACUGUAGAUCCGAGGCUUGCUCCGUGCAGCAGCGCGCGCCGCAGUGCAGAUUAUAAUCCGCUAAUCCAGCUGCAGAAUGGCUGAUCAACUCACAGAAGAGCAGAUUGCUGAGUUUAAGGAGGCGUUCUCGCUGUUCGAUAAAGACGGCGAUGGCACCAUCACCACUAAAGAGCUGGGCACGGUGAUGAGGUCACUCGGACAGAACCCCACGGAGGCGGAGCUUCAGGACAUGAUUAAUGAGGUGGACGCAGACGGUAACGGAACCAUCGACUUCCCCGAAUUUCUGACCAUGAUGGCCAGGAAAAUGAAGGACACAGACAGUGAGGAGGAAAUCCGUGAAGCUUUCAGAGUGUUCGACAAGGAUGGGAACGGUUACAUCAGUGCAGCAGAGCUUCGCCACGUCAUGACAAACCUGGGCGAGAAGCUCACGGACGAGGAAGUGGACGAGAUGAUCAGGGAAGCUGAUGUCGAUGGAGACGGACAGGUCAACUAUGAAGAGUUCGUACAAAUGAUGACGGCAAAGUGAAGAGCUGCUGUUCUGCCGACCUCCUUAGACAAACAACGAAUCAGUCGAAUGUUUUUCUGACCUCCUCCUGCAAAAAAUGUAGUAAUCAUGUAUUUACAGUCGUUUCUACACUGAAAAAGUUACUGAAUGUUGGAAAACGAAGACAGAAAACAUGGUGUGAAUGUUCCGGUUCUCUUCCCAAAGAUCGAGCUUAGAUGUCUUAAAACUCCACACCGAAGCUCUUCUCCUGCCAUCCAGUGCUGUUUGACCAGUGGAGGACAGAUCUGUUUUUUUUUUUUUUGUUUUU